CACCGUGGAUCGGAAUCGAAUUGAAGGUAGUUAUUGGGCCAUCAAUCAAAUCAAGUCAAGUCAAGCCAAGGUAUAAUAAUACGGCCCAAGCCUGAACCCGAGUCCUCCUUCUUCUUCUUUAUAAAACAAACAUCGGACCAAGAAGCUUCCCAAAUCCAUCGAAUCGAAUCCAAAGGGUUCCAAAUCGAAAGAAAAUCCAUCCACCAAACCUGCUGCCCGUGCGAUGGCCGGCGAAGACGGCGGCAGCCCGGCGGCGGCCCCGGCCCCGGCCCAAGUUUCUACUGAUGCCGAUGCAACGGCGGCCGAGGAAAGGAAAGUGAUGCCGGCGGAUGAGGUGGAAUACAUCCUCUCCGUUGACUACAGCAAGCCUCUCCCCCGUCGAGACGACGACGACGAUCACAGCCCCUACAAGGACGAGUGGAACGACGGCGUCGACUUCUUCAACGAGUUGAGGAGGCACCAAGCCGCCAAGCAGGCCGUGCUCCGGGCCGAGUACAUCGUCAAUGGCUGCAUCGACCUCGCCGAUGACAAGGUGGCCACGAGAUCACGGCUCAGCCACCAGGUGUAUCUCGACACCAGACCUGCCGCAGAUGACGACCAUGGCGAUUUCAUUGAAAAGCUGUACCGUGGCGAGGAGGACGAUGACGAGUGAGUCCGCCAUAGCAUAAUAACACUUCUCAGCAUCACCAGGAGUAUCUAGAAGUAUAUUUUAUCUAAACUUGUACUUACUACUAAAUCAGUGCAUCAGUGCAGGGCACUUAUUUUCGGACCAAGGUAGUAGUAGUGUUGAAGGGGAGAAUAGAGAAGGAUAGGUAGAAUAGUUGUUGACUUCUUGUAUUGCUUGAGCCUCGUGGGCAUAUAUAUAUAUAGGAGUACAUGAUCAU